GGCUGCUUUAGUUUUGCGUGAAUUUCUUUCACGUAAAGCGUGCGGGCGGUAAUGCACCCCGCAGACUUCGCAAGACCUCAAUACGAUGGUCUAGGAAGGUAAGCUGGGGAAGGUCCACCAUGACAUGAGUAGCAAUCGUGGUGCGCCUCAACUCAGCUGGCCCGAGGUUUCAAAAUGGAUUCUCUCACGUAACAGCUCCAUAAUAAGACGGGCGGGAAUGCGCCCCGGGAACCCUCGUCUGGGAGAUCUCGCGAAAAGCUGGGGUGAUCCGGCGGUGCCGCGUUGGUGCCGUGAUGCGGCUUGUGUCGGCCGAUCAAAUCUGUGCCUGAGGCUGAACGCCGCAACUCAGAUUAUCCGUCAAAGAUUGAAGAACGAACUUCAACACUCGGUGCGCCUCUGGAAAUUCUUGCAUGCAGGCGAUCGGCGUCGUUUGUUGCGCUGUUGUCAUAUCACACCAGUGGCUGAGGAUAGUGUAUCUUUGAAAAUUUUCAUGCCUCAACAACGUGCACGAGGAGCUCAAAUGCGCCCCUCAAACAAGCUCUUACUGCGGGCAGACGUUGUGCGGCCCGACUCUCGAGUCCCUAUCGCACGAGUGGUUGGACCGGUGAGAGGUGGUUAGACCACACUUGUACAGAGCCUCAGGAUCAGCUACACGUGUAAGACACCAACGCAAGGCACAUCGCAGGAGGUCUGACCGAAAGGAAUGUGCUGCCGAAGCCCUGCAUUGCUCACAGAACCUUGUGCGGGGCAGCACGUUGCGAACGUUGGAUACGUACAAUGUAUGGUAGGUGGAAGAGAGUGCAAUGUCGCGCUCACGACAAGCGUUGUGGUGUUGACAGUGUAUGGUAGUUGCACGCGCGUGGACCCAGAUAUCGUGGGUCUGCAAAAGUGUCCGUGUGGGAGAUCAUAAGC